AGAGCGGCCAGGCCGCGCUGGAUUCCAUACAUCAACGAAGAGCCAACCUUCUAGUCCGACCUGCUUAGCCGUGCCCGUCGUCCCGGCCGGAAGCUUCCCCGAACUGUACGAUUAAUUGCCCUUCCAACAGGUGCAUCCCUAGCUCGAGCCGCUAUACCCAGGUUUCGAACUGCACAGCUCAAAGUCGGAACCCCCGCGGUUGGCCUGCUGUUCUAGCCGUUGGGAACAACGGCCUGGUACUCCGUACUCCGAUCGCCUUGCCACAUCACGCACCUGUCUCACGAUAUCCGCACCUGGUCCCGACUGAGAUGGACUGUGGCCCUCCGAGGGCUUUCAGCAGACCAGACCACUCCACACCCAUGAGCCUCCGUCGCAUGAGACGCCCCAACCUCAAAAACCGUGCCGGGCUUUCCACGAGGUCCUGGAUGUGACACUCGCUUGGGAGGACGGCCGAUCUACACGUGCCCCAUGAAUGGAGGCUGUCUCCCCCUGUGAGGGACUCGAUACUACGAAAUGGACCCUGGGGAAUAUGAUACUAAUACAUUAUUGAUUAACAACGUCUCCUCCGUCGCUUUCAAGAUCUACGAGCCCGUGGUCACACACGCUUCCUCAUACUCCUUCUCCGCUUCCGACGUCGAAUCCACACUUAGGAAUGGGGGGCAUUUGGUCUAUGCCGACGCGAUUCGGCGGGCAAUAUGGUGUUUCUCACUUACUGCCGUCGAUGGGUCCACCAUGGGCCUUUCGGCACAGCCAUACCUCGACGCGAAUCUCGAAGUCUGCGGCUACAAGCUUGUGAUGGUAGAAGAAAGCGGUCUCGAGCCCAUCAGCUUGCUCAAGAAUCGGAAUGUCACCCCGAAUACGCUCAACACCCCCGUAUCCUCGUCGCCCAUCGGAUCCGCGCUCGACAAUGCGCUACGAGGCGCACAGGCCCCAGGAGGCGCGAUGGCCACGACAGGUUUCCCCAUGGAACCAGACAACAAGACAAGCGUCGCUUUCUCGGCAGACUCGAAAGGCUAUGGAUCUAUACCGGCGAAAGACAUAUACGAGUUCUUCACCGCGGCAGUCUUGACCAGCAUUUCACAACGUUUCUGUGCUAAGACUGGUGCAAUCCCGCUGGACUCGAGAUCCUUCAUCCUGCCCUCCACUUCGACCGAUUCAGAGUCUUCGGAGCUUUCCAGCGCCCCAAUAAUUGCCUCGCUGAGGGUACAUCUGACUACAACAGGCUCACUGUUCCUUGGCGUCUCGCUGUCUUUCUCCCAAGGCCUGCAUGCCGGCGCAGAUGGCUUGAACUCGUCUCUUCCGCCAGCUGGCACUACUAUUCUAGCUGCGCCAUUCGGGGUGUUUGGCACAUUCCAGGGGUUGACAGAAGGUGACGGCAGCUCGGUUGAUGGUAGUGCGGCUCAAUCGCCCGAGACACAAAUUACACGUUUCAGACCCGAUGGAGAUGCGAACUCCGGUCAAUGGCGCGCUACGUGCUGCAAGUUGCUUGAAAUGCGAGGCAUCUCGACUGCUAUUUUAAGCAGGUCUUCUUGGCUGAGCAUCCAGUACCUGCGACGAAAACCGGUUGAGUCCAGGUCGGACGGCAAGCGUACUCCUGUGGUGAAUUCUCAAACACACAUAUUGUGGCCAGCGGUGCUUUGUUUCCGGAAAAGGGCGAGAAGCUCACUCGCGAUGAAUUGCACUGUCGACCCCAGCGGCAUCAGUCUACGGGAUGGCUUCGAUGCCUUGAAUCAUGCCAAGAGUUGGUUCAUUGGGAACAGUGAUCGUGAAGAGCUCUUGGCGAAGAAAAAGAAUGAGAGAGAAGCGGCGGCAACAAGAGACACCAGCGAAGCUAAUCCUCGCCUGCUGCAGAACAACGGGUCAUCACCGUUUGAUAUGCGUCGAGCAAGCAACAACGGGGCCGCCGGUGGCGCUAUGUACCCUACGCCACCCGAUGGCGUGCAAACAGCGGCAGGCGUCACGCCGUCCAUAGACGGAACUACGUCUAGCCCCGGAAAUCCAGCACCCUCAGCAGCACUUGUUGACAUUGACACAUCGAUGACAGCGCCAGGAGUUUUGGGCGAUGCUUUUGGCGAAGGAUGGGACGGUCCUGACACAAAGCGAGAGCAAUCCUUCAUCCAAGGCGAAAAUUGGGAACUUAACAACGAUGUCUUCGUUGACAACGACAUCACGGAUGCAGACUUCAACUUUUUCGACGACGAGAAUCCUGGCUCCAUGGAUGUCAGCGUUCCUGAUCUUUCCGAAUUGAACACCGGACUGCCAAGCCUGGGCUCUGCGGACCAAUUCGCCGCGCCCACCCCUCAGAAGCCUCCAGAACUUGGGACUCCAAAGAACAACGAUCUGCCGGCUCCUCCUGUCUUCGCCAAACCAGAACUUAAGCACGCAAGGAGCAUAAUAGGCGAAAACCGCUCCCGCGACAGUACCAAGGUACGGCCAUCAAAUGGGGUCAAGAGGCAGGCCAGCCCUUUUGAUCCCACAGCCGUCUACAAGAGGUUGAAGGCGUCCAUUGCAGGUGGUUUUCGAACCAACUCGAAUUCCGUCAAUCUACCGCUUCGCCGAGGCAGUGUUUAUGACAAGCUUCAGUUUGAUCCGUCUCUGUCCAUGGUGAACAAGAAGUACGAGCAUAGCGGCAGGUUCGACUUCCAAUGGGACAGCGAGGAGAACGCAACCAAGAAGACUGGCUCGCCUCCAACGACCGACUAUUUGCGGCGGCAUGGUAAGUCGAGAGCCACAAUGAAAGACGUGCCGGCCAAUGCGGGCAGUCGAGGUCUGGAUGGCGCGGGAGUCAUGGGACACAGCCUGCAUCUUGAUUCUAUCAAGUAUGAGGACUCAACUUCGGACGCUGAUGAAGUCAGCCUGGUCUCAGACCAAGAUGAUGCAAGUGACUUCUCUGAUGAGCCAUCGUCUCCCACGAAACUGAGUGUGCGGCGGCGACGGCUUGGUGACGACAACGAAUCGCUUGCCCCGUCCAUACGAGACAUUGACUUCAUGGAUGACAAUCAGACGCUGAGUAGUACGGAUCUGUCAAAGUUGUCCAUAAAUGACCACUCUGAGACUUCCAUCUUGCGCUAUUUCGCCGACGCAGAGCCGGCCUCUCAACGACCGAUUCUCAACGACGACGAGUUCAUCAUGAUUGCUCAGAUACUCACAGAACAGGCUGUGUCUGGCAGCCUCAAAAUUCCUCUUCCAGAGUCCAUCCAUGUGGGUCUACACUCGGCCGACAUGCAGCGAGACAUCGUGCAUGGCACACAGACUUCGUUGCGGACACUGCAGGCAAUACUGCCACCAAAUCUGCAGACAGCGACGGUAUGCCAGCUCCGUCAGUUGCUGGAAAUACAAGACGUUCCAUUCCUCGCAGCGCCUAGCCGCAUGCAACCACGGCCGGCAGGCGGGCCAGAACAACGACCAAGUCUCGUCCAGAUCCCGCCGCCGCACCUCGAGCUGCGGAGGCAAGAGUCCAGAUUGUCAGUGUUGCCGUCUGCCGUCAGAUUCUGGGAGACACUCGGGCUCGGGCCGUCACAGGGCCCCAAGAACGUACAUGCUGUCUGUGUAUUCCCUGGUCUAGACGGUGUGGCCGACUUUGCUGGUAUCUUACUAGAGCGUCUCCACAACGUUUACGAAUCCCUGAAGUUGGGUAGUUUCGAACGGAUGCCGUCAUCGGCGAAUGUCCCGAAUGUGCAAAACGGACUCUUCUCAUACGAGGUUGACAGGACGAACAAUGCCGCGGUUGCUUCACCGGGAUCUCAAUUAAGAUCACUGCUGGUCGAGAACAUGGCGAAACUCGCAGUGGCUAUAUACAACUCGACAGCGGUAUCCAAGAACUUUGUCAUCUACUUCGUUUACACACCCGACAACCCUCAGACGAUUGUUGACGCUUGUGCAGCUUUCAAGAGACUCUUCGACAUAUACAAACGAGUUCUGGCGGAGAGGAAGAAGCCGGCACAGAACGAGCUGGUGCUGCAGCUGGUCUCUCUAGAUUUCAUGGCUACAUCGACUUCAUUGGUUGUGCUCCAGCCGUUUGAACACAUUCGACUAUGUCUCGAGACUUACGAUCGUUGCACUCUGUUUGGAGGCCCGAUGCCCGCUCCAGCUAUUGUCCUUGAGCAACCCAUAACCCGGGGCAUCGACUUCCAGAUCAGGAAUCCGCCGUCAGCGAACAUACUCCAGGAGAACUCAGCAAUGCACAUUGCGUAUGCCCAGAGUGUGGAUGAGAGAUGGAUCUCGGCUGCUUGGUCGGACAAUCGUGGCUCCAAGCAAAUGACUGCAUCGUAUUGCCUGGGAAGAAGAGGCAAGCCACUAUCGAGGGGCUUCACUGAUGUGGCCCAUGAAAUCUGGACGACGACAUUUGACCUGAUAUCUAUCUGGAAGGUGCACUGGCGCAUAAUCGUGACCAAAGUCGGUCCAAUGGACCAACAGGAGGCCAGCGACUGGAUCACGCUGGCACAGACAGAGACCAAGGCCUCUGUCACACUCACUCUGCUGGCAGUAGAUACCAACCCAUCGCUGCAACUGAUCCCAGCAGUAUCGAAAAUACCCAUCACUGCACAAUCUGCAUUCUACUCGACACCGGUGUCGACGCCCCAGUCAUCCAUUGUCUCACCAGAGCAAGUUGGGAACCCGACCACACCCAAAGGCGGGCCGACGUCCUCCCAGAGCGCUACUACGCCAGGGGCAGACGCAAACGCGUCCGAGGCCGAUACUGAUGCAAGCCUCGUGGACGUGACCGACACAGUCUGGGCAGCCAUAGCCUCGCACCGGCUCAACAUCUCACACUCGCUGGUGGACCCCAACCCAGCCCUCAUCAGCGGCUACCUGAUCAAGCGGGGAUGCUCAAGCACAGAGGACCCGCCGGCCGUGCUAGAAGUCAACGUGGUCCACAGCGAGGGCAACCCCCGGAUGCAUGAGCUGCUUCUUAGAGAGAUGUUGACUUACUUCCGGGGACUGUGCACCAUUGCGAGGGCCAGGUCUGUGACAGACGAGGAGGGCGAUGUGCGGCCGUGGCAUGUAGCCGCGGCCGAGAAAGGCGUACAGGCGUUGUAUCAACUGAUGUGAGGGGUGGGCGAGGCGGAUAUCUUGGUAUUGUACCACGGACUGGCCGGGCCGUUGGUGUUUUGGGCGUUGAUCUUACUGGCGCAAAAGCAUGGGAGAAGCACUUGAGCAUGAAAUGUCUAUUAUAGAGGCCCAAUGUAGGAUAUCAUGCACACCAAACAAUCCGUGGAGCAAUUUUUCAUCGCUCUCAGUAGUGUACUUCGCGAG